UCCGUGUGGGUAAACUUUCAUUUCAAGUGCAUUUAAACGCGAGGAAAGUACGGAACUGACACUGUCGCUUGCAGUCGGAAACGCAACUGAAAGGAUAUCGUCUUAAAGAUCACUGACGUCAUCCAUUACCAACAAUGAAGCCAACAGCAGUACUAACGCUAGCAGUCUUUUGCACGUUCUACACCAUUGCCACAGCUGCCUCGUUAUCAAGGGGUGAAGCAGAUACUGUUUUUCCACUGAAAGGAGACGAGCUGAGAGAUUUGGCUGACAAGGUGGACGCGUACAACCAAAUUGUCCACACAUUUUCAAGAAGCAGCGAAUUCCAGUCGAUGCUAAAACGGUCCUCUUCCGGGUGCGCAGAAUAUUUCGGCGGCUGCGCACAAUUGAAGCUGGGACAAGAUGCCCUAUCACGCAUGCUCGCAGACAGCAAUUCCCGCUUCGGCAGUGGAGGGCCAGGAAAGAGGAGGCGAUCUGUGGACGCGGUGGCUGAGGACAAGGCGUAAAUGGAUGCAUUCCAUUAGGUAGUCCAGGACGAUGCACCACAGGGCUUUGUUCAACCCACAACGCUUCUACAAACAUCCCCCCACCGUACCACACCGCGUCAAAGUUUGACCCUGCCGCCAUUUUGCUUGUCAACCUUAGCAGUGCCGUCUUGCUCAUCUACGAGACAAUUCUGCUUUCCUCCAAUGGAGCGUCAUAUUGACGGUCCAAUGAUCGAAGCACUUGGUACUUCACGAAAACCUCACCUGGCGCAUCCUCGGUUGUCAACAGAUAUGGCGGCAUUUCCGUUUUCAGGAAUAUGAACAAAGUCAUGUUCAUUAUCAAAGAAAAUCGAAGAUUACCGAAUUGAUGAGCCGCGUGCAUUUUUCUUGCUUAAAAAAAUCAACGGAUAGAAAAAGUUUGUUUUAAACCAUUAGAGCUGUUAGUACUAUGCGAAUGAUACGAAUGAACGAACUGUGUAAAUAAUCCUGAUUUCUAUUCAAAUUCACAAUUCGAUCAAGACAAAUAUUUCAAGGGUAAAUGGCGCCGUCGAUCUUUCGAUAUUUCUUUACUGCAGUAUUUUGUCACAAGCCAAACAGAGCAAAAUACGAGCACUUGCACGCGUCGGCCCGCACUCUGCACCAUCGUUUUUAUUUACUAUAGCCCACACUGACAAAGCCUACACCAAACAGUGGCAUUUAUCUAAUGACGUACCAUUAUGUAAACAUCAAAGAGAUUCCUCAUGUAAUUUUGUUUUAAAUGCACAUGUAAAUACAGCAUGCUCUAACAAGAUUCAUAAAUGGUGUUAUUUUUACUAGAGGAUGAUCCAGCGCCGUACUGAAUUAUUUCCAAACGGGCAGAGUAUGGCGGUUAGGUUAUGAUUAUAUAAUCGAUGCUUAGAUUUCACUUGCCGGUAUUUUCUCGACACCAGUGUUCAAAAUCAACCUCUGUUCAAAUCUAAAGUCUCCGGGUAUGGUUCCCAUAUUGCCUGCCGGCAAUCAGCUUGUUGUGCAAGUCUGGGAGCCAAUCUGUUUAAAAAGCAAAGCUCGUCCCCAGAUGUAACGAUUUGAAUCCCGGGCUUGUAAACUACAUGUUUAGUGUGUUGACGAAGAGAUCAGUAAAUAUUUUCCACUAAACAGCGACACUGCGGUUGUGAGAACUGUGCUCAAAUAUCAACACUGGCAAUUUUAUGUAUAAAUAUUUAUUCGCCAGCGAAGGACUGUAACGAUUUGAGUUUAAUAAAUUGUUUUAGUGGCAAGUGCUUCAAACAA